CAGACAUUAUUCGACACAAAGGCAGACACAAACAAACAACCCCACAGAGGUGUCUUUUUGGGAGUAUGUAUGUAGGUAUACAUGCCUACUAUCUAUUAGUCAUAUACGUUCUCUUUGUCACCCUUUUGAAUUCUAAAGCUAUGUUCUUUCUUUUGCUUUUGUUGAAAGAACUUUGAAGGGUUUGUGCCUUUUUGUGGGUUGGUCACUGUAGACAGAGAGAGGGAGAGAGAGAGAUGGAGGGUGGGAAGAGAGGGGAGGAAGCAGGACCAUCGUCAGGAGGGUCUUCAUCAGCUUGUGUUGGUGAUCAAAGACAAGAGAAGCAAAAGGAAAUGGGUGAGAAGCCAAGUGAAGUUCAUGGGGUUGUGCAAGAAGAAGAAGAGGAGGGAGAAGAUCAAUAUGAUGAUGGGGUUGUUGCUGGUUAUGUUCCAGGCCCUUUGGUUUCUCUCAAGGAGCAGAUUGAGAAAGACAAGGAUGAUGACAGCUUAAGAAGGUGGAAAGAGAAGCUGCUUGGUUGCUUGGAAAGUGAUUUAAAUGCCCAAAUGGAACCUGAAGUCAAAUUCCACUCCAUUGGGAUCAUCUCUGAUGACUUUGGGGAGAUUACUACUCCCUUGCCAAUUGAUGACAAUCAGAGUGGUCAUGUCCUGUUCACUCUCAGGGAGGGAUCGCACUAUCGGCUUAAGUUGACAUUCAGUGUUCUGCACAACAUAGUUUCGGGCCUGACCUACACCAACACAGUGUGGAAAGGACGACUUCAAGUUGAUCAAAGCAAAGGAAUGUUGGGCACCUUUGCUCCUCACCAGGAACCAUAUGUGCACGCCCUGGAUGAGGAGACGACUCCAUCUGGUGUGCUUGCAAGGGGUACCUACUCGGCAAAGCUUAAGUUUGAAGAUGAUGACAAGAGAUGUUAUUUGGAACUAAACUAUUCCUUCGAGAUCAAGAGAGCAGCUAGAUGAGUUUUGCCAGAACAGUGUUUUCUUCUUGUCUUCUGUUUUGUAUCUUUUUUCAUAUUCUUUCUUUUCUUUUCCCUCUUAUGAACUGCAUACAGGUUUGUGAUUAUUGACUAAAUACUGCGUUGUAUAUGUGGUACAAAUUAGUGUUUAAUUCAAUCACUAUUUCGUGA